AUGGUUUCUCUUCGUCUGGCCACAGUAGGACAUUCUCUGGAGCUUGUGGUCGGAGCUUUUCUGGAUAUAAAUAUAGUUUCGGAGGAUAACGACACUUCCGCUCCCAACAGGCCUAUUCCGGCUCCACGAUCAUCCCUGACUCGGAGGACGACUGUACCAUCGUCUCACAGAAACGAGGAUGAUGAUGAAGAUGACGAUUCAGCUAUAUUGGUCUCGUACCCGACCGAUGGUAUUAUAGCUGACGACGAAAUAGCAGAGAUGGAUGGCCCGGGCGACAUCGAGGAGGUCUCUGAUGAUGACAUAGAGGUGGGGGACGCGCCAGAGAUGUCAGAACUGCAGUUCUAUGAACCGGAAGUAGAGAGAUCGGAACAGGAAGUUGUCGAGGCAGAACAGGAAGUGAUAGGACCGCGAGAACCACAACCGGAGGUACAGGAGGAAAGGAACGAUGACGAAAGGGAAAGACAACAACCGCAAAUGGAGAAAAGAAACGACAGACCGACAUGA